AUGGCACCAAACAUCCCGGAGAAGCAAUGGGCGCAGGUCAUCGAGAAGACUGGCGGACCAGUCGAGUACAAGGAGAUCCCAGUGGCGAAGCCAGGUCCAGAUGAGGUUCUGGUCAACAUCAAGUACUCCGGUGUCUGCCACACUGAUUUGCAUGCGGUCAACGGCGACUGGCCAUUGCCAACCAAGCUUCCCCUCGUUGGUGGUCACGAGGGUGCCGGUGUCGUUGUUGCCAAGGGCGACCUCGUCCAGGAUAUUGAGAUGUCGGCCGACGAGCCUCUUUGCCCCAAGGCACUCCUCUCCGGAUACACCGUUGAUGGGUCAUUCCAGCAGUACUGCAUUGCAAAGGGUGCACACGUUGCCAGGAUCGAUAAGAGCAUCCCACUCGACGCCAUUGCACCUGUCUUGUGUGCCGGUAUUACCGUCUACAAGGGUCUCAAGGAGUCGGGGGCACGUCCAGGCCAGACAGUCGCCAUUGUCGGUGCCGGUGGUGGGCUAGGUUCUCUUGCCCAGCAGUACGCCAAGGCUAUGGGUCUUCGUGUCAUCGCCGUCGACAGUGGAGAAGAGAAGAAGAAGAUGUCCUUGGAGCAGCUCGGUGCUUCAGCUUUUGUGGACUUUGCCACUAGCAGCAACGUCGUCAAGGAUGUGCAAGCCGCGACUGAGGAUGGUCUUGGACCACACGCAGUCAUCCUUGUGGCUGUGAACGAGAAGCCAUUCCAGCAAGCUGCUGAGUACGUUCGCCCUCGUGGCACUGUCAUCUGCAUCGGUCUCCCAGCCGGCGCCUACCUGCGAGCACCAGUCUUCGAGUCUGUCAUCAAGAUGAUCGUCAUCCGCGGAUCCUACGUCGGCAACCGCAAGGAUACUUCAGAGGCCCUCGAGUUCUACCGUCGCGGCCUGAUCAAGGCUCCGUUCAAGGUUGUCGGUCUGUCUGAGUUGCAAAUGGUUUACGACAAAAUGGCGAAAGGAGAAAUCGCGGGCCGAUACGUGUUGGACACAUCGAAGUAG